AAAACAGUGAGAUGCAAAUGGCGUUGCAGUUUUACUCUGAAUUUGAAUGAGUGCACAUGUGAUUUGGAAGAUUUCAAGGUUUAGGCCUGGUUGGUCCUGUUUUUGGUUAAGACAUUGUAAAAUGGCUCAUAAAUUCCAGGAGCAUGACACCACCCACUCCAUUCAAAAUAGUAUUGACUUGUUCUCACUAGAGCAAAAAACAAAAGCUGCAAAUGAACACGUUUGUUUGAGCAAAGAAAGUGCCCAGGGUCUCCAAUCCUCACGUUACAGACAUAUGUUACGGGGAUGCGUGCAGACACUCGUCUCUUACCAGCAAUUACAUUUUAAUCCCCCCCCCCAUUUCCUCCAUUGCUCUGACUCUGAAGUUACCGGCCAGAGAGAGAGGGAGUCAGAUCAUCGCAUGUAACGAGCUGCAGCCAUCGACUCAUUUUUUCCGACGACCUCAGGCACCGGAGGAGCGUCGCAGGACUCGCAGGCUGCUCCGUCGCUGGGGUUUCUUUUCAAGCCAGUUUAGAUAUGCUCCAGGGGCCAGUGAGCAGGGCUGUGCUCGGCCUGUCCUGCUGCCUCCUGUUGGGGGUCUGCUUCCCGGCAGAGGGAGCAGGACCAGCGGGCCCCCUUCCCGCAUUUCUCCCGGACCAAGAGUCUGGGGAACCAGACGUUGAGGACUGGGAGUUGGGCUCAGGAUCAUCUCUUCUGCACCUGCUCCACAGCUUUCCCGCUGACAGCCCCUUCGUAACAGAGACCCCCGGGAAGCCGGUUAACUGCACCCAGCGCUUCUGGCUACCACCGUCCUCCGCAGUCUGCUGGGAAAACAUAGCCGGACCCGAGGAGUUCGCCAAGUGCCGCCUGCUCGUUCUGCAGAACAGGGCCUCCCUGCAGGCUGUGUCCACCUCAAGCGGCGUGGAGGAGGGAGGGUUCUCCUACGACCACCUGGCCAGAGAGGAGAUCCAGGGAGUCCGCUCAGACCACCUGAGUGUGGUAGAAACUAUGCAGACCAUGGAGAAGGUGUUUGUCUCACUGGGGGAGAAGCGGAGAGAGGGGACGGAGCAGGGGAUCCUAACAAGCAUGAGGGUGCACCUCUCCAACACAAGAGACACCAUCGACGUCAGAGAGCACAUGGCAGACCACCUGGAGAGGCAGUUGUCCAUUUUGGAGAAGACUCUGCUCAACGUGCAGCUGCGACUCAACAAGCUCAUCCAACAGUGACAAUCUCACGGACCCGCUGCCUCUAUUUUCUUCCCCACUGUAUUUAAAUCAUACAACGUUGUAGCAAGUGCAUGCAUGCUCAGGAUUAUGCAAGUCGGUAAUAUGACAAAACACGCUUGAUAUGCACAUCAUUAUCAUUAACAUAUCUACAAAUGUAAAAUGUGUAACCUGGAAUUUGCAGAUAUGAAUUAACCCUGCACCAUCAGGGAGUUUUGAUGAACAUGUAGCAGUUAGAUCUAGUUUUUACAUUUUCAGUUUGCAAAAUGAUGGUCCACAUGGAGAUUUUAUGGCGACAUUAAUGGCUUCUAAUAAAACCACAAUACACUAGAAUAAAAGACUAACUUUUAUUUCAAUAUCAAAUCUAAACAACAAAUUUGUAAAUAUACGAGGAAGAUGCAUUGAAAACUGUUACGGAACAUCUGUGAGGCUGAGUGUGAAUUUUCAUUUGGAAAGACACAGUGUGUCGAGCUGCUUUGUAGUGAAGCGGAAAACAGAUGUAUUUGAUUAGUUCAAACAACAUACAAGUAUUUAUAGUAAUCCACUCACUUGGGGGUGGAUAACAUCAGUAUAUUUCACUUGGAAAUCAUUGUUUGACCGCAUCUCUGAAAUUAAGUGUUGAUAUUUUAAAGGCAACAAUAACUCUGCUGAUACAUCUGUUCUCCAGGAAUGAAUUCUGGGUCUUUUACAAGAAGGUCUUCAAGAUGUUGAACAUUGGAAAAA